AAUCUAACCGCUGGAAAUCCUGCCAGAAACUCCUUGUUGACAUUCUUUAAACUUAAAUACGUGUGUUUUUUUAAAAGCAGUGAUGGAUGACCAAGGAUGUCCGAGGUGCAAAACAACCAAGUACAGGAAUCCGUCUCUGAAACUGAUGGUGAACGUCUGCGGCCACACGCUAUGUGAGAGCUGCGUGGAUAUGCUUUUUGUGCGUGGUUCGGGCAACUGUGUGCAGUGCGACACGCCCCUGAGGAAGAGCAACUUCCGUGUGCAGCUCUUUGAAGACCCUGCUGUGGACAAGGAGGUGGAGAUCCGAAAGAAGGUGCUCAAGAUAUACAACAAAAGAAGCUUUGACUUUCCAAGCCUGAGAGAAUACAAUGACUACCUGGAACAAGUAGAAGACAUAGUGUACAACUUGACCAACAAUAUUGAUGUGGAGAACACCAAGCUGAUGAUGGAGCAGUACCAGAGGGAGAACAGAGAUAUCAUCCAGAAGAACAAGGUUAAGCUGCAUGCUGUCUCUCUAUUGAACACCGUCUUCCUCUCACACAUUGUCUCUCAGACACGAGAGCAGGAGGAGUUAGAGGAGCUGCUGCUGCUGGAGCAGCAGGGGAACGAGCAGCGGAGGCUGGAGACGCUGCAGGAGGAGCAGAGGCAGCUACAGGCCAAGAGGAAGAGCAAGCAGGCUCUACUGGAUGAACUGGAACGGUCUCAGCUUCCAGCUACCAUCUUGCUUGCCCAGCACAAAGACCGUGCAGCCCAUCUGGAGAACCAGAUUGAGAAGCAGAAACAAGUGGUCAAGCCUGCUACUGCGUUUUCUACCGGCAUCCUUAUGGGUCAGACUGUGUCUCUUCAGCCAGUUACUAAGAUAGAAGAAGCUCUUUACCACUAUAAGCCCCUUCAGAUUGAAAUCUGUGGACCAACGGUGCCAGAACUGGACCAGCUGGGCAGACUCGGGUAUCUGAACCAUGUGCGGGCUGCCAUGCCCCAGGACACAGCUGGAGGAUACACCUCAGGGUUGGCAUGUCAUCGAGCCAUCCAGGAUGCCUUCAGUGGGCUGUUCUACUUAUAGGGCUGACUCCAUCCUGACAAAGAGCACAACCUUUAUCGGACAGAAAUGUUAACCGAAUGGACUACAAAUACCACACUGCUCUGCAGUGGAGAGGGCCAAAGGAUUCUAUGGUGGACAAAACAGUCUGAGACACGGAUGUAUACUACUUUUUAUGUUUCAGGUUACUUUUUUAUUGAAUAAAUCAAUAUUGUCAUGGGAUGUUUCAAAAGUGAAAUAACUGAAUGUCUCAGGGCCUGAAUAAUAUCAAAGAUCUCAUAUAUUCCAGUGCAAACUAAGGUGUAGUUUGAAUUUAAGCAGUCAUAAUUAACAACAUGCAACGAGUGUACAAUAAAAGAUCUGAAAAGUUUGUAAAAAAAAAAAAGUCCAGCUCAAAGGCAUUGGUAUUCGUCUU